UUCCUCCUCAGCUCUAUUCGCAGUUCCCAAAUUAAAAGCAAAAAAAUGGAGUCUAUUCUUCUUCCUCAAAAGGGUGUUUGCUUGGGUUUUGUGGAUACUAGAAGAACCAAAGCCCAUGGCUUCUUCAAGGUUGGGCAACAACCUUUUCACUAUUUUGAAAAGACGAAGACGACAUCAAAAGCUUAUGCUUGUUUGUCUCAAGAGAUUGAUGAUCCCUCAACAGUUAAGAAAUAUGGAAAGCAACGUCGUCAAAAUGUAGAUCUCCCUCCGAUAUUGCCAAAGAAUAAGAAGAAACCUUAUCCUAUACCACUAAAGAAGAUACAAAGAGCUGCGAGAACAGAUAAAAAGCUUGCAGAAAAGGGAAUAGAGAAGCCUCUGGAGCCUCCAAAGAAUGGUUUACUGGUUCCAGAACUCAUUCCUGUAGCUUAUGAGGUUCUGGAAUCAUGGAAAGUGCUGAUCAAAGGCCUCUCUCAGCUCUUGACAGUUGUUCCAGUCCAUGGUUGUAGCAACUGCCCAGAAGUCCAUGUUGGUCCUAUCGGCCACCGCAUCCAAGACUGCCAUGGUCCAGGCAAGUCAACCCGAAGCCACCACGUAUGGGUUCGAGGCUCCAUUCAUGAUGUCCUCCUCCCGAUCGAAUCCUACCACCUCUUCGACCCCUUUGGCCGCCGCAUCAAGCAUGAAACCCGCUUUGACUACGACCGCAUCCCUGCCAUCAUGGAGCUCUGCAUCCAGGCUGGCGUCGAUCUUCCACAAUACCCUUCUCGCCGCCGCGCUUCUCCGAUUCGGAUGCUUGGCAAGAAGGUUAUCGACCGAGGUGGGUUUGUCGACGAGCCGAAAAUAUCUGACCGAGCCGCCGUUGAAGCCUUGCUCUCAGAGCUCGACCCAGGNGCCGAGACGACUUUGGAGGCAUACAACAUGGUGAGGCGAGGGGUUCGGCAGCUAAUGAGGAAGUACACAGUGAAGGCGUGCGGGUAUUGCUCGGAGGUGCACGUGGGACCAUGGGGCCACAAUGCUAAGCUGUGUGGCGCGUUCAAGCACCAGUGGAGGGAUGGGAAGCACGGGUGGCAGGAUGCCACACUGGACGAGGUGGUCCCGCCAAACUACGUGUGGCAUGUGCGGGACCCGGACGGGCCACCAUUGAGUGGAGCCCUGAGGAGGUACUAUGGCAAGGCUCCGGCCGUGGUGGAGGUCUGCGUGCAGGCUGGUGCGGAGAUACCGGAGGCGUAUCGGCCUUUGAUGAGGCUUGAUAUUGUUAUUCCUGAUGCUGAGGAGGCUAGAAUGGCAGCAUGAGACUGUGGCAUAGAGUGGCAUCAUGCUCCUGCAGCUUAACUGUCCAUAUAGUAGAGCCUGUGGUGGACAUAUCGGACAAAGCCAAAACUUAUGCAGAUCUUCUGAAAGGAGUUUCAUCAGAUCAGAAGUCAUCGAGAUCUCAAGCUCGAUCUACUGAGAUCGAUGAAUGACCGAGUUGCACUGAUGUAUUUUUGAGUCUGGUUACGAAAUCUUGCUUCAGAGUGCACAUGCAUAUGGUGAUGGGAAUAUGUUGUGAUAUAUUGUACUUUGUCAAUCCUAGCGAGUGGUAUAUUACAUUGCUAAAUGCCUUUCUUGCUUCUUGUGUGUAAAUUGAGAGUAUUUAAUAUGUUGGUUUAGUUAGCUCAA